CCACCCUGCCGGAGGCUGCUCCUGAUUGGCUUCCCGGCCGUGGGGCUCAGGUUACAUUCGCGAGCGGAGCCGAGCGCGGGAGACCGGACCCGAGAGCAGAGCUGCUGGUUCGGCGCGGGUCGGCGGGCGGCCAGCUGCCCCAGAGCCCCCACCCGGCACCACACAGACCCCCAGGCCCCCGCCCUCCGCCAGCCUCCUUCCCAGCCGAGGACCCCUGCCACCGGCAUGGACUGCUGCACCGAGAACGCCUGCUCCAAGCCAGACGACGACAUUCUAGACAUCCCGCUGGACGAUCCCGGCGCCAACGCGGCGGCCGCCAAAAUCCAGGCGAGUUUUCGGGGCCACAUGGCUCGGAAGAAGAUAAAGAGCGGAGAGCGCGGCCGGAAGGGCCCGGGCCCCGGGGGGCCCGGCGGAGCUGGGGUCGCCCGGGGAGGCGCGGGCGGCGGCCCCAGCGGAGACUAGACCAGAACUGAGCAUUUUCAAAGUUCCCGAGGAGAGAUGGAUGCCGCGUCCCCUUCGCUGCGACGAGACUUCCCUGCCGUGUUUGUGACCCUCUCCUGCCCAGCAACCUGCCAGCUACAGGAGCCCCCUGCGUCCCAGAGACUCCCUCUCCCAGGCAGGCUCCGUCGCGGAGUCGCUGAAUCCGUGCCCUUUUAGUUAGUUCUACAGUCUAGUAUGGUCCCCAUUUGCCCUUCCACCCCACCCCACCGUUAACCCUGCGCUCCCAAAUCCUUCUUUUGCUUCUCGCCCACCUCUCCCCGCACCCAGCAUGCAGCUCUGCCUCCGCAGCCUCAGUGCGCUUUCCUGCGCGCACUGCGGAGGGCGCCCUAAGCGUCACCCAAGUACACGUACUUAAAGAAAAAACAAGUCCUUUCGUUCUGUGCGCAGCUAAAAGGGGCGCCCUACAUCUCCGUGCCCCAAGCCUAGCCCCAGGACUUUGGAUCUGGGGCGAGAUGAAGAGAAGAGGGUUUUUAUGGUGUCGACGCCCCUUACUCUGAUCGGAAGAGAAGUCCCUAUCCCACACCUGCCUGUCACGUCCUCUCCCCUUUCCCCAGCGCACUGUGGAGGGCAGCCUCUCCAGCUCUCUUGUUUAUGCGAACGCCGAGCGCCUGGGAGGCUUGGUAGGAGGAGUCUUCCGCGGCCCCGCCACUCCCCUGUCGGCCCCGUCCCCGCUCCCCGCUGGGCUCCUGGGGCAGUGGCCGAAAGGUUUUUUAUCUCCGUGUGUGCAUGUGACUGUGCUGGGUUGGAAUGUGAACAAUAAAGAGGAAUGUCCAAGUGUUCA